UAUUUUCGUCAGUAAAGUUUUAAAAUUCAGCCUCUGUCCUUUUCUGUUCUACAGUGAGAGGUUUGACUGACAGACCGACCCACCAGGUCAGGUCUGAAUGUUUAGUUAACAAUAUUCACCUCUCUGUUGCCAACUCAGUGACUUUCUUCUAUAUUUAGUAACAUUUAAGACAAAAAGAUUGAUAUAGGACAAAAUCAAAAUAGGCAGGUCACGAUUUUUAAAGAUCGGUAACUGGGUUUAGCAAAAAAAACUGCAAUAUAUUACACACAUAUUCAUGACAUUCUAUGAUUAAAUUAAUUUUUCUUAAGCGUAACUGUUUGUAAAAAAAUUAGGUGGCUGUGUCGUUUCCUGAUCAAAACGCGAUAAAAUGUAAAUAAACGGAUUAGAAAAAUGUCUCUUUCUCUAGGAUCUCUUCAAAACAAUAAUAAUUCUUAGUAGCCUAUGUAAAGGAAUAUUUUAUAACAUAUUGAAAUAUCACCAAAAUAUACCACACUUUAAGAGGAGACUGUGCUAAACUGUAAGAAUUUCUACUAUCACCCAGUAUUGUUAGAGUACUGACGAUUAUUUUACGUCUUCUCCGCCUUAUAUUGACUGACAUAUUCUGCAAACAUGUCAAUAAAUGUAAACAGUUCUCAUAUCACGCAAACUAAUCCCUUGCUCAUUUAAUUUCAUUUGCACCUUAACUGGGCUGCAGACGCAAAGCUGAGCAAUUUAGUAAUUUCACAAUAUCCUUACAGUUAAAAGUUUGCCUGGCAAACCUAUUAAACAAUAUUACCUCCAAAACGUUGGCAGCAAGUGAAUAUUAUUUUGUAGACAAUAAAAUAAACUGGUCCAAAACGUGAAUUAGACGACAUCUCUAACUGAGCUCGUAUCAGUGUCUGAACUCCGAGAACGCUGUUUUGUCCACUAACCUAUAUCGGCUGACGGAAGUGCAAUAAUCCUGCCUGUUAUUGAUUGCGAUCUAAUGGACACCUCACGCUUUAAGAAGCAAAUCUGGAUUAACUGGUGACACUUUCAGAAUCUCAGUUUGAGUGAAGAUUUUAACCAGUUUCUGAUAUAAAAAUAGAAAACACAGCAUCCCAGGUUAAUUUUUUAAUUUGGCGGCUUGGCGAUUUUUCUGUAAGCUAAAAAUGAAUGAGCGGAGUUUGAACCUUCCUUCAGUUCUCAGAACAGUCGUUUGGAUCCCGCCCGAGGUUUUUACUGUGUGUGUGGUUCUGGAGGGUCGCCAGUGUACAUGAGCUUUUUUUGUGGUAUUCCAAAUGGAGAGCUGACGGGUCACCUGGUUGGCUGACCACUCUACAUAGUGCACCCGCAUUGUAAUAGAGUAGUGAAAUUGUACUGUCUCAUAGUUUUCGGACACAAUGGAGAAAUAAUAAAAUAAAAAACAACAAUAAUGAUAGUGAUGGGAACCUUGCAGAAGGUUGCAAACAACCCUCUGAAUCAUUUGUUGAGAAGGUCACUAGCACUCCCAUUUGUGGAAAACUGAACCUGUUUGACCUGAUACAUAUGAGUACUACUGAAAUUCAAUCAAAUCUUUUAACCUCCAGUUAAGUGUUACACAUAACAAGUAGUGAAACUGGUAGGUUGGCUAUGUUUUCCCAUGAAGAGUAAGUCUGUUUUUUUCCAAACUGCUUAUUUGAUGUGUAUAAGAUUACACCCCUUUCUUAGAAUUCAAACCGUCGGUCAGAGAGGAGGAGUUCGUCCUAGAGGUAAUAUAAAGGCAGAAAAACCCAGACCGUCUUCAGAGGAUUACUCGUCCUUCCACGCUUUUAGCUUGGCUGAACUCUGAGGUCUCCCAGCCUAAUUUAAUCUCCUGCAUUCCACAACUGUCUACUGCAGCAGCGAAUCCUGAGAGAUGGAGUCUAGUGGCGCAGUGACAAUGGCAGCUCUUGGUCGUCCUUUUUCCUUGGGAAUGCUGUAUGACUGUCGAAAAGACAUCCUUGUUGCUGGAAUGACACUGUGGGAUGAUGAGGAUCUGCAGAAACAUGUGCGAGAAACAAAUCAGGGAUUCAGUGAUUUUGAAAUGCUUGCCUCAAAUUCAUUGCAGGACAAAUCUAAUGCACUAGAGGUUGAUGCAUCACUUAAGGCAAGUUUUAUGGGUGGGAUGGUAGACAUUCAAGGAUCUGCUAAAUACCUGAAAAACACUAAAACCUCCAACAACCAUGCCAGGGUAACAGUAAAAUACACAACAACAACAACAUUCAAGGAGCUGUCUAUGGAACAUCUUGCAGAAGUGAAAUACCAAAAUGUUUUUGAAAAAGAAUUAGCCACACAUGUAGUCACAGCAAUUCUUUAUGGAGCCCACGCUUUCUUAGUGUUUGAUAAGGAAGUUUCUGAUACUGAAAACCUUCAAGACAUUCAGGGUAAACUACAAAUAGCAGUCAAAAAUAUUCCAUCAGUUUCAAUAACUGGAGAAGGCGCUGUGGACUGGAAAGAUCACGAUAAAACGGCCUUUGAGAACAGUUCUUGCAAGUUUCAUGGAGAUUUCUUUCUUGACAAUAAUCCUACAACUGCUGAGGAAGCCAUAAAACUCUACCAUAAUCUUCCAACUUUUCUGAAACCAACACAAAAUGAAGCUACAGCUAAAGACAAACAGACUGCAGUACCGGUAAAAGUCUGGAUGCUGCCGCUGACAAGUUUAAAUUCUUCUGCCUCUAAAAUGGUCCGCCAAAUAAGUGUAGGAUUAGUUCAAGAAGCACAGAAGGCCCUGGAGGAGUUCAGUGAGUUAGAAAUAAGAUUCAAUGAUGCAAUGAAACUAAAAAGUUUGGAGACGUUUCCUCAGAUUGCUGAGAAACUUAAAUAUUUCAAUGAAAUGUGCACUGAGUUCAAGCUUGGAUAUCAGCAAAGUUUGGCAGAGAAACUCCCAUUAAUCCGAGGAGGAAGAGAAGAAGAGGCAAAGCUUGCAGAGAUCCUGAAGAAUAGACAUUCUUCUCCAUUCAAUACCACAAGCCUGAACCAGUGGAUGGAUUAUAAAGAGAAGGAAAUCUGGAUCCUUGAGGCUUUUAUCAAAAUGAUGAAAAACACAACUUUCAUUGCAUCUGAAAUUCAGCUGUACCAGGAAGCUCUGAGUGCACAUAUGGUUUAUUGCUUUGUAUUCACCUCUCUGGGAAGAGAUGAACCAUUUCUCUCAGCUUUAUCAGCCUACCUGAAAGGAACCAGAACAGAUAAUCAAAAUCAGGGUCUUCUUGAUGUAGAAAAGGAACAAUGGUACUCCUCAAAGGAAACACGGAAGGACAUCAUGAAAAAAGCAAAAGCCUUCAAUGAUCAGGCAAGUUCAGACAAAAAUGCAAAGUACCUAGCAGUGGGUUUAACACAUGACCAUAAAGAUUCAACCACCUACUACUAUCUUGACGGCUUCCUUGAAAAUGAUAUGUAUGAAUUUACCCACCUCCUCUCUUUCCCCACUGAACAAUGAUUCAGUCCAAGUUAAAGGAGGAGCAACAGCAGCGGUACAGUGAGAAGCUGACUUAUGUUACAUUUCACUGUAACUUCGCCCCCCCCCCCCCCUCCCCCUCCAUAAUUGGUCUUAAGAAAUGUUCCCGUUUGUGGUCCCACCCCCAAUUCUGAGAUGGGAUUUGCGCCCUUGGUGACAGCUGAUGACAUUAACCACAACAGUGUGACUCUGAAGGUUUUAUCUCCUGCUCUGUGGAUCUGUCUGUUCAGAUUUCAAAAUAGCGUACGAAGAAAAAGAGAUUGUGGUGAUUGAAUAAGAGUUCCAGCUAAAACAAAAAAGCAAAAUACAUUAUCACUUAGGUAUCACACAUUAAAAUCAUCACCACAAAAUGAAAUGAAUUUUAUGCAAACUAAUAUACAAUGUAUGCUUAUAUUCUUUGCAAUUAGUAUUGUAAUUUUGGCAGUGGUCAUGUAUUGUUUUCCUAUCACUUCGUGUUAAUUUCUUUGUUUUUCUUUUCCGAUUUGUUUGUAAUGAUACAAAGCCAAUAAAAAUCUCUGUAAUGUUUCUGACUUGUUGCUUCACAUAAGCUUAAUCAUUGACUAAAUAAAGAAAGUCACGGUCA